AUGCUGGCCUCUAAUGCUGUAACCUUAAUGCGAUAUUGGGUUAAUAUAUACAAUCGCGUAGCCACACACCAAAGAUCAACCAUAAAAAUUGUCAAUGCACCCAAAACUGCGAGUGUUAUUUCUAAUGAAAUAUUUGAGAUUUACUCAGCGUUUAGAAACGCAAAUCAUCAAUACACUGUCAACUCAAUUGUUACUUUGGGAAACUAUGCUUCUAGUGCUCAGUUAAAUAUAAGUGAUUUCGUACACCAAGAUGACAACAAUGAACCUGAUGGUGAAGAAAAAGAGGAGGAAAAGAAAGGAGAAGGAGAAGAAGAAGAAGAAAGAGAAGAAGAAGAGAAAAAGAAGAGGAAAAAGAAGAUGACAGAGAUGAUGAUGAAGACAACGCUGAUAAAGCAUUUAAUUUCUACACAACUACCUUCUGAAACUGUUACCAAUAAGGAAGAGCUUGAUAACAGCCUGAUACUGGUUAUUUCAGGCAAGACUGCUUUGUGUGAAAAGAUCAAGAAGAGUGCUACUCCAAAGGCUGUUAGUUUAAACGAAAUUGUAAAAUCACAGAAUGUCCUUACAAGUCAAUGUAGAACCUGCACAGCCAGAAGUCUUAAAGAAGAAGUGGAUUCACCCACCCUCGAUUCCUCAAGCACCACCUUCACCGACGAACCCGAACCUACCAAGGAAGUAUUACACUUUGAUGAAGCACAACAAGAUGAAUUUGAUGACUUUGGCGAGUUUGAUGAUGAUUUUGCCGAUGCAGUGGAUGAUGACGAGUUUGGCGACUUUGAUGAUUUUCGAGCCUACUCCACCUCCACCUCCAGUAACUCCAAAAGCACCGACCGAAGCAGAGCUUUAUGUCCAAGUGCUAGAAGAAAGACCUCAUGA